AUGGAUAAACUCAUUCACUUACUCGUGUGUAUACUAAUCAGCCAAGUAAGGAGUAGUACAAGUGCAAGCAGCGAACAUAAUAACUUUUAUGACACUCGUGAAGAUGAAGAAGCGAUGGAAAUUGAAUUGAAAAAUAACCGUGCAGAAAAUUUUAGUUCAUGGGAGUGCAAUGAUAAGAGUUCUUCUAGCUGUAGCGUAGAAUUUACUGUUAGUGUACGCACAAUUGGAACGACUAUGCUUACAACCCCGGAACCAAAACCCAUUGUUCUUCCAAUAGGAUGUUUUUUUAACAUGAUGGUGAAUAUAUGUCGAACAAUAUUGGAAAAGUUUAAACCUUCAAGGAUCGGUAAAUAUUUCAGAGCAUUAAGUCGAAGUCUUAAAGGAAUGGGUUCUAAUUACUUCCAAAAACUAUGCUUAAAAAAAUUCCGUAAAUUGCUCGAUAGAUAUUCAGAGUAUGAACCGAACCAACAAAAAAUUAAAGUAAAGAAUUUUCUGAACGCCAUAUCGAGUGGAAAAGAAAAGUGUAAUUCGUAUUUUAUUGCUAUGAAUAAUAUAUUUUUAAUACGGAGAGUUAUAAGGUUAGAAGAUUACGUGCAUCGUGUGAGGAAAUUCGGUCAAGGCAAUACAGAGCACAUUGGACAGAGAACCAGAGAUAUUCUCAAGGAUCAAAUUUUCAAAUCAUUUUACGCAUUAAAUGAAAAAACACAAUCUGAAUUAGAAUUGAAAUUCGAAGAAGCGAUCUUAGAAUAUUCGAUGGCAAAUCAGAAAAUAUUGCGUUGGUCACACCGUGAAAUUAAUCGGUUUUAA